AUGAUCUAUCAAGGCAGCUAUCAGGACAUCUACUGUACUGUAUUUUGUGGAAGAUUCGCGUUCCUCUGCGAUUGGUCUCCCAAACCCGAGAAAACUCAUUCGGAUGCCUCGACCUUCGGCCACGAUCUCGACCUAGCCAUCCCCCACAACUCGCCCACAACUCGCUCAUUUCCCCCAAAUCGGACAUUGGCCCAUCCCAUUUGCUCAUGGAAGUACAGUAAGACUGCUGAAAAGGACUAUAAAACGAAUGGAAGAGGCGACCACGCCGAUUGCAAGAAAGCACUACAACAAUAUCUGGGAGACACGUUGGCUUUAAAUUUCGGUCACGUUUAUAAGGCAACUACUUGGCCGAAAAAUUCGACAAGUUGA